GUUUGAAGUGUCUGUUAAGUUAUAGUUGAUAUAAGAGAUACGAAUUUCCGGCGCCGGUGGCAUGGCCGUCACCAUCCAGCCACUACUCCAAAAAUGCACCACACUCUCCCACUACAAGCAGCUUCAAUCCCACCUCAUCACCACCGGCCUCUUCCACUUAACCCGAUCCAAAUUCAUAGAACAUUGCGCCACCUCCCAAGCCACCGGCACCCUCACUUACGCAGCCCACAUCUUCCAAACCCUCACCUUCCCAGCCACCAAUGACUGGAACGCCAUUAUCCGGGGCCUCGCGCAAAGCGUUCAACCCGCCCGAGCCAUCGCCUUCUACUGCAAAAGCCUGAGUGUCCUCCCCUGCAAGCCUGAUGCCCUCACAUGCUCUUUCACACUUAAAGCCUGCUCACGAGCCCUGGCAGUUAAUGAAGCUGUUCAGAUACAUUCUCAGGUGGUUCGGUUCGGGUUUAUCGCUGAUAUUCUGUUGCAAACUACGUUACUGGAUGUGUAUGCUAAGUCUGGGUAUUUGGACUAUGCUUAUAAAGUGUUUGAUGAAAUGCCUGAGAGAGAUGUGACUUGUUGGAAUGCGAUGAUCGCGGGGCUGGCGCAAGGGGACCGCCCGGAUGAAGCUUUGCAGCUUUUUAAGACGAUGAAAGAUGUUGGGUUUAAGCCGAAUGAGAUCACGGUUCUUGGUGCUCUUUCUGCGUGUGCGCAACUGGGCAUGGUGCAGGAAGGGAAGAAUGUGUAUAGUUAUGCAAAGAACGAAAAGCUUGACAUGAAUGAGCAUGUUUGUAAUGCGGUGAUUGACAUGUUUGGGAAAUGUGGGCAUGUUGCAGAGGCGUAUCGGGUUUUUAAUGACAUGAGGUGUGUAAAAACUGUUGUCACUUUUAACACCAUGAUCAUGGUUCUAGGGGUUAACAGUGAAGGAACCGAAGCGCUUAAGGUUUUUGACCAAAUGAGUAAGGAGGGAUUUCGACCGGAUAACGUGAGUUAUCUAUCUGCGCUAUGUGCUUGUAACCACUCGGGUAUGGUAGAUGAAGGUGUUAGGUUGUUUGAAACAAUGAGCAAAGAUGUGUCGGUGGUUCCGAACAUCAAGCACUACGGUACUAUGGUUGAUUUGUUGGGUAGAUCGGGGCGGCUUAAUGAGGCAUACGACAUCAUCAAUUCGAUACCUAUAAAACCGGAUGUUGUUCUUUGGCAAACGUUAUUAGGCGCUUGUAAGACGUAUGGCAAUGUAGAAAUGGGCGAGAAGGCAUCAAGGAAGCUUGUGGAGAUGGGCUCACACAGUGAUGGGGAGUUUGUGUUACUAUCAAACAUAUACGCGGCUCAUCGUAGAUGGAAAGAUGUGGGCGAGGUGAGAAACGCGAUGAAAAAUAAACAAGUGAAAAAAGUGCCUGGGUUUAGUUACAUUGAUGUGAAUGGUGUGAUACACAAAUUUAUAAACGGAGAUAAAAGUCAUUCGAAUAUGCAAGAGAUCUAUAAGAAACUCGAGGAAAUAAUGUGUCGGAUAAUGGAACACGGGUAUGUUCCUGAAACGGAUUAUGUGUUGCAUGAUAUCGGGGCAGAGGAGAAGGAAAACGCGUUGAGUUAUCACAGUGAAAAGUUGGCUGUGUCUUUCGGGUUGCUUAAAACGAGUGAUGAUUCGAUAAUACGUGUGAAUAAAAACCUUAGAAUAUGUGGGGAUUGCCAUCAGGUUAUGAAGCUUGUUUCUAUGGCGUAUGAGCGUGAGAUUAUCGUGAGGGAUCGAACUCGGUUUCAUAGAUUUAAAAACGGCUUGUGUUCUUGUAAAGAUUUUUGGUGACUUGUAUUGCUCUUUCUUUACUUUGUUAACAAAUUUUGUCAAAAUGAUGUUGUAUACAUAUGCUUUAGGAACAUGAUUCUGUUUUGAACAUUGGGUUACGUUGUUCAAAUUACUUGAA